UUGGCGCCGAAUCUUCUCAGCGCUGUUGCUGCCUCUGUGGAUCCUGUGCUCUGUUUGGGCUCUAUUUGUGCUAUUUUAUUUGAGUUUACAGAAAUUUAAGGAGAUUUCUGACACCAUGCAGCGGAGUAUUGCGUCCUUUUUUCAGCCCAAAACUAAAGAAAAGAAAUCUGGAGAUGAACCUGUGAAAAAGCCGGUGAAGAGUCCCCUGAAGGUGCACAACGGGGCUCAUGAGGCAGAUUCCCCGGUGAAAAAACCUCCCAAACGGAGCCGUCAGAUUCUGGACAGUGACGAAGACGAGGCCCCGGAAAACCAGACCACUGCUGUCAAAGAGAGAGAGAAGAAGGAGAAGAGCGGAGAGAAGAAUAGAGAGAAAGAGGAGGAGAAGAAGGCUGAGAAGGAUGAAGUUUUGAAAGCCCCAACCCCCAAGUCUCCUCCUCCGACCCCCAGCACCCCCAGGACACCUGCCACCCCUGCCACACCUGCACCUGUCUCUACACCAGUCUCUACACCUGCCACUGCACCUGCUACCCCGGCCCUGUCCGCCUCCUCUGGGACUCCCUGCACCCCAGACUCCAUCUCUCCAUCCGGGAUUGUCAAACGCAAAACUGCGAGGAAGAUGUUCCCCAAGAGGAAGCUGAACGAGAGCGGGAGCGAGAGCCGAGAAAAAGAGGAUUCCGAGGAGAAGGACGGAGCAGGUCAUCAAAACAAACGCGCCCGAGUGGAGAGCGAAGCUAGCACAGCAGGUAGCGCUGAUGAGCCAAUGGAAGAGGAGACCAAGCAGGAGAGCACUGAAAAGGCUGUUACCGCCAAAUCCACUGCUGCAAAUGAGCUGCUCCAGUCUGAAAAGGCCAAAGAGGAACCCAUCCAAGAAGCAUCUACAAAAACAGACAAGAUUUAUGAUGAUGAGAAACCAACCACUGUCACCACGGCGACAAAAAUUGAGAAAAAAAUGCCUGAAAAGGACGAAGAAAGCUCCAAAAGUCAAGCCGAGAAUACACAAGGAGAUAAGGAGCCCGCCAAGAAACCGGCAAUCAGCAGUUUCUUUGCUCCAAGAAAAGCAGCAGCAGUGACGGUGAAAACUGAGAAAGUAGAGCGAGGUGAAGAAAAGAAGACAGAGAGAAAGAGUUUGGGAGAGGAGAGUAAAAGUGAGGUAACAUCAGGACAGACCGACUACAAUCCUUCCAGACCAAACUAUCACCCCAUCAACGACGCCUGCUGGAAGCACGGACAAAAGGUGCCGUAUCUGGCUGUGGCGCGCACCUUUGAGAGAAUUGAAGAGGAUUCCGGCAGGCUCAGAAACAUCGAGACUCUGUCCAAUUUCUUCCGCUCGGUGCUGCUGCUGUCUCCAGAUGACCUGCUGUGCUGUGUGUACCUGUGCUUAAACCAGCUGGGCCCCGCCUACCUGGGGAUGGAGCUGGGAGUGGGAGAGACGGUGCUCAUGAAGGCCGUGGCCCAGACAACAGGUCGUCAGUUGGAUAAAAUCAAAGCGGAGGCUCAGGAGAAGGGGGACCUAGGACUGGUUGCUGAGAGCUCUCGGAGUAAUCAAAGGAUGAUGUUCCAGCCGGCGAGCCUGACCGCCACCGCUGUGUUCAAGAAACUGAAGGAGAUCGCAGCCAUGAGUGGAAACUCGGCCAUGAAUAAGAAAAUCGACAUCAUCAAAGGGCUUUUCGUGGCCUGUCGUUUUUCUGAAGCGCGCUACAUCGUCAGGUCGCUGGCUGGGAAACUAAGAAUAGGCCUGGCGGAGCUGAGCGUCCUGUCUGCAUUAAGCCAAGCUGUGUGUCUGACCCCACCUGGACAAGAUUUCCCCCCUGCUGUGAUCGACGCUGGCAAAGGCAUGAGCUCAGACAGCAAACGCUCCUGGAUCGAAGAAAAAACUCUCAUCCUCAAACAGACCUACUGUGAAAUGCCCAAUUACGACGUGCUGAUUCCGGUUCUGCUGAAAGAGGGCAUCGAAGAGCUCCCCAAACACUGCAAACUCACUCCAGGAGUCCCUCUCAGGCCCAUGUUGGCUCAUCCGACCAAAGGAGUGGGAGAGGUCAUGAAGAAGUUUGACGAGGCCGCCUUCACCUGCGAGUACAAGUACGACGGAGAGAGGGCUCAGAUUCACAUCCUGGAGAACGGAGACGUGCGCAUUUUCAGCCGUAACCAAGAAGACAACACGACCAAGUACCCAGACAUCAUCUCUCGCAUCCCAAAGGUGAAGAAGGAGUCUGUGGUAUCAUGUGUGCUGGAUUCCGAGGCUGUGGCUUGGGACAGAGAGAAGAAGCAGAUCCAGCCAUUUCAGGUGCUCACCACAAGAAAGAGAAAGGAUGUGGAUGCCUCUGAAAUCAAAGUCCAAGUUUGUGUUUACGCAUUUGACCUGCUCUACCUGAACGGAGAGUCUUUGGUGAAGCAGCCGCUGUCUCGGCGACGGGCUCUGCUCCAUGAGAGUUUUUCUGAAGUGGAAGGAGAGUUUGUUUUCGCCAAGUCCAUCGACUCGGACAAUACUGACACCAUCGCGGAGUUCCUGGAGCAGUCUGUGAAAGAUUCCUGUGAAGGUCUGAUGGUGAAGACUCUGGAGAAGGAUGCAACUUAUGAAAUUGCCAAAAGAUCUCAUAACUGGCUCAAGUUGAAGAAGGACUACCUGGACGGCGUUGGAGACACUGUGGACCUGUGUGUGAUUGGAGCAUAUCUGGGGAAAGGGAAAAGGACCGGGACCUACGGCGGCUUCCUAUUGGCCUGUUACGACGAGGAGAACGAGGAGUUUCAGUCUGUCUGCAAGAUCGGGACGGGGUUCAAAGACGAAGACCUGGAGCAGCACUACAAGUUUCUGAAGGAGCACAUCUUGCCAAAGCCCCGAGCGUACUUCAGGUUUGACCCGUCGGCGGAGCCUGACGUGUGGCUGGACGCGGUGCAGGUCUGGGAGGUCAAAUGUGCCGACCUCUCGCUCUCUCCAGUUUACAAGGCUGGACUCGGACUGGUGGAUCCAGAAAAGGGAAUUUCUUUAAGAUUUCCUCGUUUCCUUCGAAUCAGAGACGACAAGAAACCCGAGGACGCUACCACCGGGUCUCAGAUUGCAGAUUUGUACAGGAAGCAGCAGCAGAUCCAGAAUCAGGGAGAGAAGGCGGACCCGGAGGAUUACUACUGAUGCCCUCCCGUAACGCCCACAGUAAUGAUACCAAUCAGUGUAAUUGUAAAUAGCUUCAAUGUUUUUGUAAUUCUGAAGAAAAUAAAGACGAGUUUUAAGAUUG